GCACGGGUCUGAGGGAGGAAUCGCCAUCUCCAACACAGUUGGUCCGUUCGGACGUUGUCACACCUGACCAGCUGCAUAAGUGCAGAGAAACUGUGAGCGAAGAACCGCAGCAGUUCAGGUGACCACCAUGGAAAUGAUGGACACAGAUCCCAGCAUCUACUUCACCAACCCAAAAGUGAAGAGUGACUCUGAACAAAACCAUCGCAUGCUGGAGUAUUGGAUGAAAACAGCCCAUGUCAAGCUACAAUAGCAGCAAAGUCUGGACAAUAUUGCAGCGACUCUUCAUUUUUCUCGUGUUUGGUUUGAUGCCGCCUGAGUAACACGCAAUGACUCACACCACUGUCGUUCUGUUUAUACACGUAUGAAUUCGGACUGGUUCUUUCCACUCAUGUUCCCCGAGGAUCCAGUAAUGCACCACCAGAUAGAGUUGACAAAGGUGUUUGUCAACAGAAGUGUGACACUGGAAAACAUCAAAUGUUACGGCUUUGACAUGGACUACACGCUGGCGAUGUACAAGUCCCCGGACUAUGAAAGUCUGGGAUUUGAGAUGAUCAGAGACAGAAUGGUGUCGGUGGGUUACCCACAUGAGAUUCUGCGCUACACCUACGACCCCAGCUUCCCCACACGCGGCUUAGUGAUCGACACCACAUACGGGAACCUCCUGAAAGUGGACUCAAAUGGAAAUAUUUUAGUCUGCAGUCACGGCUUUUCCUUCUUGAAAAGGGAGGAGAUUCAUAAAUAUUAUCCAAACAAGUUCAUUCAGCGAGACGACACAGAGAGAUUUUACGUCCUGAACACGCUUUUUAAUUUAUCAGAGACCUACGUCUACGCCUGCCUGGUGGACUUCUUCACCAGGUGCCCUCGAUACAGAAACGUGCUGAAAGGGUACCACCACGGAGACCUCUUCAUGUCCUACAGGACCAUGUUUCAGGAUGUUCGAGAUGCCAUGGACUUCAUUCACGACACGGGCAGUCUGAAAGAGAGAACUAUCAAGAAUUUGGACAAAUACCUGGUUCAAGAUCCGAAUAUUAUCGUCCUUCUGACCCGGAUAAAAGAAGUAGCCAAAGUGUUUCUGGCCACCAACAGCGACUACAGUUACACUGACGUCAUCAUGACGCACCUACUGGAAACUAAUUCAAAGGCUCCGAAUAAGUCCUGGCACUCCUUCUUUGACCUGAUUGUUGUUGAUACCAAAAAGCCCCAAUUCUUUGCGGGGGGCACAGUGCUGAGACAAGUAGACACAAACACCGGGAAGCUCCGGAUCGGGACGUACACUGGUGACCUGCAGCACGGAACCGUCUACUCUGGCGGCUCUUCUGACGUCGUGUGCGACCUGCUGGACGUCAAAGGGAAAGCCAUCCUCUACGUUGGGGACCAUAUCUUUGGAGACAUCCUCAAGUCAAAGAAACGCCAGGGCUGGAAGACAUUCCUGGUAGUUCCAGAACUCACCAAGGAGCUGCAAGUGUGGAGGGGCAAGAAGAAUAUGUUUGAGGAGCUGCAGAGGCUGGACCUUUAUUUAGCUGAGCUUUACAAGGACAGAGAGGAGCAAAAAACAGAGGGGAUUUCUGAUAUUGGCUCUGUUCUAACCAGAAUGAAGGUCCUGACCUACAGGAUGGACAUGUCCUACGGUCAGAUGGGCAGCCUCUUCCGCAGCGGCUCCAGACAGACGCUGUUCGCCAGUCAGCUGAUGAGAUACGCAGACCUGUACUCGUCUUCCUGCCUCAACCUGCUCCACUACCCGCACAACUACCUCUUCACAGCCCCUCCGGUCCUGAUGCCCCAUGAGGUCAGUUCUGAGAGCGCAGUUGCAAGCCACAUCGCCCAGAAGAUCAUCUGAGGUUCGGAACCUAACUCUUCCGAGCCCUUGCCGGGAUGACGUCACACAUUUCUCCCCGAUGCGUCACGCCCGCACUUCUAUACGCCUUGGUGUUUGAAACUGUGUCGUAGUGAAGUACGCGCAUUCAUUUGCAAUCAAUCCACACUAUAUAUUCGUUAGGUCCCAUUAUCAACCCAAGAAUUAACGCCUUUGAAUGCAUUUUGUUUGUGUAUAUUCAUGAUUUUUGCUGGGAAUUCUAUUUAAAACAGCGUUUCAAGAUUGUAGGUAUUUGUUGCCCAGCAUUACUGUAUGAACUGCUCUGUGUGUGUGUCUUUUAAGAUUCUAAACAUUAAUAUUGGACAGUG